AUGGAAAUGAAAUUUUCAUCAAAGCAUAAAAAAAAAUCUCUUUUGAAAAGUACUCUGAAAUUCUUUCAUAUUGCCAUUUUUGUAGCUGUCACACAUAAAACUGACUAUUUUAAGCUUAUCAACUUCGGAUUUGCCGAGCCAACUCUUUAUCUCUUUAUGCUUUCUAUGAUCCUCGGGGGAAUGACAGUUUAUUCACAUAUUAAGACCACAUUCCUAUGGCAGUUUGCAUUAGCAGUUUCGCAUAGAAUUAAGACAAAUGAUUUGCUUGUUUCAACCAUAGUUGUAUCCUUUCUUUUAGCUACUAUUUUAAUCUUUUUAGUACUCCUGCUAUUUACUUUUACCAUUUCAUUUAUUAUGUCAAGAUUACUUGGAAAUGAAGUAGAAUCAGAUGAAUUCGGAUCAAUAGCCGUGUCUAUGACAUAUCUGUUCAUGGUUGUUCUCUUACAGUACACAGUUUUAUGUACAGAAGAAGCAAUCCAAACACUGCUAAACUUUAUCCUUUUUAAUACUGCACUUUUCCUCAGCAAUUUCCUCUUACAGAAUUUUUACAUAUCAUCGUUUGAAAUGAAAGGCACAAAGGAAAGAUUUGGGGUGUUUUUAACAAUAUUCCUAGGAUUUAUUUUAACAUCAAUACUAGUGGGUGAGGUUACUGUAAGAAAUUACAUAUUGGAUAAGGUAGUAGCGCGGAUGCUGUUUGAUUCCAAAUUGAAAAAGUAA